CUAAAAAAAACACCCCACCCCACUUCGUUUUCUCAUUUCCGCAACCCACACGGCCACACCCCAUGAAACCGAUUCUCUCCCCCAGACAAUUUGCCCACCCCCGCCAUCUUCCCGUCGAACUGCUUCAGCGCCGCCCGAGCCACUUCAUCCCCCCCCCCCCCUCUCCAUUGAAGUUCACCGAUACUUCCACCCUCCCGUCCGGUGUCUGCAAGAAAUCCAGAAGUCCAGAAGUCAUACCGCCACCACUUCACUCUUUAUCGGAAAUGGUUCGCACUUCAUUGACAGAAUUGGCUCAAAGUGGAGAUUGUGGAAUUAUGGUAUUGAGUUUUGCACAACACCUCAUGUUGGACAUCCCGUUCAUACCUGGAUGUGAGUACGCCAAUAUGCCGAAAAAGAGACGUGAGUUUGCUAAUGGACUAUGGAAAGUGAAAGACGACAAAGCAUAAGACGCGAUGAUGAACAAUUAUGUUUAAUGACGUAUAUAUUUUGUAUAUGUAAUUAUUAGAAAUACAUUGGGGGUUAUAUUGUUUUUUUGAGAUAGUGGUGGUUACAUGUAGUAUUUUGUACAAUAAUGGCCGCGCCAUGUUGUACAAUAAUGGUACAAUGUGUUUUCCAUAUAUUUUUUGUCUGUGGCGAAGCUACAAGAAUGUCUGUAUUUUUUGCGGUUGUCUGUGUAGGUUGUAGUACACACUAAGAUGCAUUUUGUUUGACCCCGUUAACUGUCUGUGUAGGCCGUUAUUUUUUGCGGUUGUCUGUGUAGGUUGUAUUUUUUGAAUGUAGUACUUUGGAAAGCAAUUCAUGCAACAUUGUAUAAAAGUUUGUAUGAAGACCUGUAAUUCUAUAA